AAUGGGAUUUGAUUUUUUGGACCCAUGAUAGUUAUGUGGUAAGUAUACUUGGAACUAUUAUUACUAGUUUGAGAUUUUUAGUUCAUGAAUUUUUCGAAUUUCAGGCAGUAGUGACAAUGAACAAUUUCCAAAUGUAUUCCAAUUAUGAGCCAUGGUUGGACAUUGGGCAAAGAAUGAGGUGAUUUGGGCCAUGAUGGGAGCACAAGCUACAGAUCAAGGGGAUUGUUCAAAGUUCAGAGGCAUUAUUCCUCACAGCUGUGAGAAAAAGCCUUCAGUUGUUGAUUUGCUGCCUAAUACCCCUUAUAACCAACAAAUUGCUAACUGCUGCACGGGCAGUGUUAUGGCAUCGAUGGGAAAGGACCCUUCUGCUGCUCUCUCUGCAUUUCAGAUAAGCGUAGGAUCUGCUGAGAAUACAAACACUACAGUGAAACUUCCCAAAAAUUUCACUUUGGUCGCUCCAGGUGGUGGCUAUACUUGUGGUCCUGCUAAAAUCAUCCGCCCCACUUGAUUCGUAACAAAUGAUGGUCGACGAGUGACACGGGCUAUGAGUAAGUUUUAUUUUCCAUACAAGUUUGGAAGUAAAUAAUGAACUAUACUAGCUCGUAGCUAAGCAUCAACAUUUACGCAGUUACAUGGAGAGUGACUCUCAGUUCUUAGCCGCUCCAAAACCAACAUGCUGUGUCUCCUUCUUUUCACAAUGCAAGUAUCACCCCUUGUCCUUUGUGUUCUUGUGGCUGCCGCAACAGUAGCAACUGUGUCAUGUAAGAUUUUAGUUCAUAUCUUCAAUUAGUACUAGUAGUAGUAAUAGUUUCUCUGUUAUGAAUGUGCUGAUGCAAGUAAAAAUUGGCCCUAGCUAUAACCGAGUGGAAA